CGCUAGAUAACUAUAAACGAUUCGGUAAAGGUCGAUUUAAAAUGCUACCAGGUCACAACAAACCGUUGUAUUAGAACGGAUUUUUAAGAAAGAUGGUUUACAUUUAAACAGUUAACCGAUUCGACAGCGCGAUUUAAUUACGAACCCAAACAACAUUUAGAAAGUCCGUUAACUACAGAUGCUAAAUUAGUGGUGACAUUUCACUUGUGAAAAGCCGGAAACCUUUUUUGCUGUUAUUAUAGCUUGGAAUCAGACACGUGGUUCAGGAAAAUGUCAGUGCCUUUUUCCAACACUCACCUGAGGGUACCUCGGGGAUUUGGGGCCCUCUUAGAGGGACUGACCCGGGAGAUUCUCCGGGACCAGCCCGACAACAUCCCUGCAUAUGCAGCGCAGUAUUUUGACAAACUUCUGAAAGAAAGAGAAGAAAGUGGGAUGGACCCUUCUGAGUGGGCUGCCAAGCUGGAAGACAGGUUCUACAAUAACCAUGCUUUCAAGAGUACAGAGACUGUUGGUCUUGAAAAGGAAACAGCAACAGAGGAGGCCCACGUUUCCAAGAGAAAACCAAGCGAAUUCGAAACUGAAGAAGAGCCAAGUCACUCAGUUGAAGAUGCAGCUCUUUCCACCGAACAUCUUCCAAUUUCAGAUAUAACUGAUUCGGCUGAAGGCUCACAGGAUGAAGAAACUGAACUACAAGAUACAGAACAGACAUCUGAAGCAGAUGAACAGAGCGGGAUAGACAAAGAUUAUGAGCUUACCGAAGCUGAACCUAGUCAAAUUAUCGGACUAGAUAGUGAAGUAGAUGAUGACCUACUACACCUGAGCUUGAUUCAGGUGGACCAAGCCGAUGAAACUUCAGAUGUAAGCGAGGGGGAAAGUCCUUCCCAAAGGUGGGAGGAUCAGGAAUAUAAGGAUGAAGAUCAACCAGUUGGUGCAUUUGGAGAGCAGGAAACUGUUGGCUCAGAAGAAGAGCAUACUGUAGAAUCAGAAUCACUUCAGAGCGUUCUACAUUUGACUUUUCUUGUGGACGCCUCUGCUUCAAAGCCUGGUGAAACAAAAACAUCAAUUUGUCAAGACGACACAUAUUCUGCUGAAGAGACAGAAACUAUAACAACCCAGCUUGAGGAAAAUGCUGUCGAAUUACCUGCAAAUCAGUAUGAAAUUCAUCCUGACACCCAACAAGAAGCAAAGGAUGAAGCUCAAAGUGAGAAGGAAAUAACAGACACUGAAAGUGAGAGGGAAAUAACUGAGACUCAAGGUGAGAGUGAAGUAACUGAAACUCUGAAAGAGAAGGAAAUAACAGAGACUAAAGGUGAAGGGGAAAUAACGGAGACUCAAGGUGAGGGGAAAAUAACUGAGACUCUAGGUGAGAGGGAAAUAACGGAGACUCAAGGUGAGAGGGAAGUAACUGAAACUCUGAAAGAGAAGGAAAUAACAGAGACUAAAGGUGAAGGGGAAAUAACGGAGACUCAAGGUGAGGGGAAAAUAACUGAGACUCCAGGUGAGAGGGAUAAAACUGAGACUCCAGGUGAGAGGGAAAUAACUGAGACUCAAGGUGAGAGGGAAGUAACUGAAACUCUUAAAGAGAAGGAAAUAACUGAGACUCAAGGUGAGGGGAAAAUAACUGAGACUCAAGGUGAGGGGAAAAUAACUGAGACUCCAGGUGAGAGGGAUAAAACUGAAACUCUGAAAGAGAAGGAAAUAACAGAGACUAAAGGUGAAGGGGAAAUAACAGAGACUCAAGGUGAGGGGAAAAUAACUGAGACUCCAGGUGAGAGGGAUAAAACUGAGACUCAAGGUGAGAGGGAAGUAACUGAAACUCUAAAAGAGAAGGAAAUAACAGAGACUCAAGGUGAGGGGGAAAUAACGGAGACUCAAGUUUCUCCUGAGAAAAGCAGUGUAAGUCCAACAGUCUCUGAGAAGUCCUUCAAGCAGGUGACAUUUAAAGAAGAAGAUGAAAUUUUUACUCCUGAAGUGGAUAAUGAAUAUGAGGAGACUCGUUCUGAUAAUUCUGAUGGGACACCUGCUGACGCUGAGGAAGAGGAAGGACCUGCUGGGAUGCUUGCAGAGGAGUGUGGGCGGCCGUACCAGCUGGGAUCAGAGGGAUGGAGAGGACUAGCAAAAGAAAUGGACUGUCACAAUGAGGAGUGCAGCCGACCCCAGGAGGAGGAGGACAUCUUGGACAUCCCCCUGGACGACCCCGAGGCCAACAGAGCUGCUGCCAAGAUCCAGGCUGGCUUCCGCGGCCACAUGACUCGUAAGAAGAUGAAGCCAGAGGACAAAACCGAAGGGGAGGAGGUGAGCAGCACUGGGGAUGUGCUCAACAGCAGCCAGGGGGGCUCAGAGACAGGAAGAUCGGGGGCAGUAGAGAGAGACGACACAUCUGUGCCGGAGCAGUGACGCCCCUGUCCUGACCUGGAUGAUGAGAGGGAGAAGAGUCAAGAAGAGGUAGUGAAAGAUGUGUGGCUCAAGCUGGCAUAAGCUGGUUUGCAGGCUUACCUUUUUAAUCCCACCCCAACAAAAUCAUAUCCCUUCCUCCACCUCCCCCCUAACAUGAGUUAGCUUUAGAAAAUGAACAGUUUCGAGGGUGUGUUAUGUGAAAUAUUUGUGAACUUUAACACUCCCUCCCUGCUUCUUCGGCAGCCUCAUCAGUACGGAUAUGUAUGACCCAGAAUUUGCGACUCACUGCAUGUACUUGUGAAAUUUCUGGUACUGUGCUAGUUUUUAGAUGAUGAUCUGUGAAUGUGAAAAUGAAUGUCUGCCAAAAGUUAAACAGGGCUUAUUUUUUGAAUGGAUCAGUGCAAAUAUCCUGUGUAUACACCUUGUAUGCAUCACUUUUUGUGACUGGUGGCUUCUGUUGUUUUUUGAUUUGCCACGUUUUUUUGUUGUUUUUGUUUUUUGAUGUGCUUGUAUUUUGACCUUUUUCUGACUUGCUUACAAAAACAAUUAAAGCAUCCAAAUCGCCAAAAGAAAAGUAGCUAUGUAUGUUCUAUUUGUUGUUUAUAUCUUUCUGACCAUGUGAUAAGACUUUUCACAACAAGCAUUUUUCUAUAAAUCUGAUCUUCCAGAGCCGUAAGCAUGCCGUAUCUACACUCUUAUCCAGAUGCAUUUUGGUACCGUUUUACCUUAUCCGGUAAUAGUUCUAUAUGCUCUGUUCCUGUGUUGUGCUGUAAGUUUUUUCAGAGCCCUGGUGCUUCAAUAGUUAACUGAGUAGUACCUGAACUUUGGUGUAUAGUCGUGGCAUUAAUAAAUCCAUUCUAACUAUA